AUGCCAAGACAACGAACCUUUCUUAGGAAGGGAAACAGUGGCCGCGUGACGCCCGCCGUCACCAAGCCCAAACCCACCGAGGGCACGAUGCGCAAGCCGACUCCGCCAUACAAGGGCACCACGGGCGGUCCUAAGGCCGCAGUUCAAGAGCCCGAGAAAGAGGCACCAAGUGCGGCCAAACCUUUGACGGUCAAACGCCGCGCGCCAGAAACCGACGAGAGGCCUACGAAGCGGCUGAAACAGAACCCUCUUGACACCACGCCUACCGCUCGCAAGCGUCGUCGCGUCAUCGAGGACUCUGACGAUGAGGUAGAGGUGAAGAGGAAGGUGAAGCAAGGAGACGUGACCGACGCGGUGAACGUACGAAAGAUCGCUGCGCCGGUUGCCAAAAGCACUAUACAGGUGCAAUCCAAGGCUCCACCAGCACCGCCCAAGGCUCUGGGGGUCAAACCUAAGCCUCCACCAGUGCAGCUCAAGCCUGGACAGAAGAGGAAGGCCGACCCUUCUGUGGCGGCGGCGGACAAAGGCGAGACGCCUCACAAAGUGAGGAAGGUGCUUGCGCCGAAGAAGACCAAGGCGCUGGAGAACAUCCAGAAGCCGGUGGAGGUCAAAGAGCUGGUGCAGGUCAAGAAGCCGAUCGAAAGCCAGCCGCCAAAGGAAGCCAAAGACUUGAAUAUAGAUCAAGAGCCGAACGAAGCCAAGGCCACGCAGUCCACCAAGAAACCAGCGCGUCAGAAGAUUGCUGGCUCGAACCACAUCCAGUCCAUCAUGCCAGUACUUGCGGCUGUUCUAGAUCCGAAGGUCCUGCGAAGCGAGCUUGACCCUAUCACUCCAGCUGAAGAGCAUGCGGCAGACGCCCGGAAGAUGAUCAACAGCUUCAAGCAAGCAGAGAAAGACAGAAAGACCGUCGCAAGUGCCAUCAAAGCACUUCCACAGGCUACACUUCCUGCACGAGAGCAGCGGUGCCUCGAGGCGGCCCAAUUGCUGGCGGGUUUGGAGCAAGCGAACAAGGCUACCGAGGCAAAGAAGGCCCCGGCAGAUUACCUCUUCCAAUGUGUCUUCGCCCACUUCAACCGUAAGAGGAGCGGAGCGCCGCUGUGGGACGACGUUAGCCAGCAGGACCCCACUCACUUUUUGAUGGCGAUCCUUAACAGGCUAAGGGAUUUAGCGGUAGAUCUCGAGGGCGAAGCCGGAUCUGAAGACGCGCAGAUGACAUAUCUAGACGAGCAGUUCAGGUUCUACACCGACAACACCGUCACGUGCUCGGAAUGCGGCCACGAGACGAAGAUGACCGGCGCGGAUUGGGCACUACCACUCACAAUCACCCCAAAGAGCAUUGCCUUCCUUCUGGUUGAGUGGUUGACAGAUCCGUUCUUGGCGAAGGAGCAGACUAUCGCUCGAAGCUGCGAGAACUGCUGUGCCUGCACGGCCAAAUGCGGUGACUGCGAAAAGUGUGCUAAGAAAGUCGAAGGGACAGGGAAGCAUGUUGGAAUCAAAAAAGCGCCCAAGUACCUCACCGUCCGAAUUGGUCGCACCGAUGGCGCCGAUACCAAGAAGAGAACCCAAGCUGUCGAGCUUCCCAUCUUUGACACAGCCAAGAUCAAAGUCCCGGGCUCAACUGACGACGCAAUUGAGUACAAGCUGAAGGCAGUAGUCAAGCACAUCCAGCAUGCUAAGAACGACGGCCGCUUCGUUACCUAUGUCAUGGCCCAGGAUGACUGCUUCCGGUACUCUGGGAAGGAGGUUGAGCAUAUCGAAGAGAACCUGAGGCUCAGACUGCGGGAUAAUCCGAAGGAGCUGAGCCAUCUCGUCGUCCUAGAGAGGCAAGACGAAUCAGCAAAGCAGCAGUAG